AUGUUCUCAAGCAAUAACAAAGAUCUUCAAAUCAAUGAAGAUGACAAGUUCUUCUCCAAGCUACUGUCUAAAGAGAGCUCCUUGGCCAACGAAUCCUUCAGAGUUUCAGUACCUGGCUCAGUUCCAUUCAUGUGGGAGUCUCAGCCAGGAAAAUCAAAGUACACCAACCUUACAACACCCCUCCUUCCUCUCACUCCUCCACCGUCCUACUACACCAAGGCUGAGAGCAAGGUCACCAAGAAAGAAUCCUCUAAGUCCAGGCUCUUCAAGGCCAUACUACAUAGUUUCACUCUUGAAAGGAAGUCAAGCACGCCAUCAUCUCCAUCAGCUUCAUUUUCCUCAUUGUCAUCAUCAUCGUCAUCAGUUUCUCGGUUUAGCUCCACAAGCUCUUCACUCCAUGAACGCUUCUCUAGCACAAGGAUGUCAUUCAUGCCAUUUGGUGACGAUGGAGAGUUGGAUGAUCGGAGAUCUAAGAAAGUAAGUGGACGUGGUGGUAGCGGUGGUGUGUUUCAGUGGUGCAGUAAGAUUGUGCUUGUGAAGAAGACAUUGUUGAUGAUUAUUGGCAGUAGGUCUAGCUAG